CUUCGACAUGGCGGCUGGUGUAAACUUGUGUGAUGUACGCAUUGAAGAAACUCUCAAAAUAAGAAUAGGUGAGGCAAAAAAUCUUCCAGCGAGAAAAGAGCCAAGAUAUUCGCGAAACUGUUAUUGUGUUGUUACACUUGAUCAAGAAGAAGUGUUCAGGACCUCAACGGUAGAAAAAAGUUUAUGCCCUUUUUUUGGUGAAGAUGUACAUUUUGAAGUUCCAAGAGACUUUAGGACAUUAUGUUUUUAUCUUUUUGACACUGAUCUUAUAGGAAAGGAUACAGUUUUAGGAAAGGUUGCAAUUAAGAAAGGAAGUGUUCAUAACUAUCCGUCAGAUACAUGGUUUCCUCUGGUUCAUGUUGAACCUGAUACUGAGGUUCAAGGGAGGAUACACAUAGAAAUCAAGCAUUAUGAAUUUAUAUCAGAUGCAGAUGAUGAUGAAUUCUCCAGCACACCCAAACUAAGUGUUAAGGUUGUUGAAUGUACUGAUUUAUAUGGGUGUAAUGGAAAUGGCACAUUUUCUGAUCCUUAUGUCAGUAUUACCUGCCAACGCCCUGUCUUAAGGUCAGAGCCUAAAAAGACCAAAGUCAAGAAAAGAACAUUAAAUCCAAAAUUUGAAGAAUCAUUUCUCUUUGAAAUACCUGAUGAUGAUGUUGAAAGCUUGGUUUUGAGGUGCACUGCCUGGAGUGCCAGUCUUAUAGGGGAAGAUAUCUUCUUAGGAGAAGUCAGGGUUCCUCUGAGUAAAUGUGAUUUGUCUUCAAUGCAUGAAGGAUGGUACUGGCUUGGACCUCGUGAGGAGAAGAAUGACCUCCCAGUGAAACAAGAUAUAGGCUCGCUGAGGCUCAGAGUUACUCACACUCAAGAUCAUGUAUUUCCUUCAAGUUUUUAUGAUCCUCUGAGGGAGACAAUUUUGGCUAUAAAAGAUGGGCAGGACGUGCAGACAACAGCAGCCCACAUUCUUGGUGAUAUAGUUAAAGAUAAAGCUACUGUGGCAAAGUCUCUCGUCAGAGUGUUCUCUCACCAUAAUCAGGUUGUAGAUUUCAUUAAGCUGGUUGUAGAUCAUGAAGUCCUAAGUACAAAAGAUUCCAAUACACUUUUCCGAGGCAAUUCUGUAGCAACCAAGUCUGUUGAUGAGUUCAUGAAACAUGCUGGCAUGUAUUAUCUUCAUGACACCAUUAAAUGCCUCAUAGAUGAAAUUUAUGAUGACCACAAAAGGUGUGAAAUUGACCCAGCAAAGCUGAGAGAAGGAGAAUCACUUGAGGCAAAUUUGGUUCAUCUGAGGAGCUAUGUAAAUAGAUUAUUUGCAGCUAUCACAUGUUCUGCCAUGGCGUGUCCAACUGUAAUGUGUCAAGUAUUCCACGCCAUAAGAGAAGCAGCUGUCAGAAAAUUUCCAAGUGAUGAAGAUGUUUGUUACACGUCAGUGAGUGGAUUUGUGUUCCUGAGAUUCUUUGCACCUGCUAUUUUAAACCCUAAAUUAUUUCAGAUGAGAAAUGAGCACCCGGAUGCACAAACAGCAAGGACCCUUACACUUAUAUCCAAAGCCAUCCAGAGUUUAGGGAAUGUUGUGAGUUCUGUGCUGUGUGGACAGGUGAAGGAGCCUUACAUGGAAACAUUGAAGUCAGUUAUUCUUGACCAGGAACAUAUAACAGCUGUCAAAAGAUUCUUGGAGAUCAUUUCCUCACCCAGUAGAGCACAAGGACUACCUGUAGAUUCAACAAUUGUUCUCAAGGAAGGGGUGUUAGUAAAGAGAGCACAAGGACGAAGUAGACUAGGCUUCAAAAAUUUUAAGAAGAGAUUCUUUGUUUUAACCAACAAAGGCCUUUCAUACUCCAAAGACAAAACUAAGCCAGUUCUUGGCCACAUACCUGUCUGUGACAUCUUGGGAGCAGAAAGUUUGGGUGAAGACUCUUUUCACUUAAAACUGAUGGUACAAAUAAUACAGCCUGAUAGACAGCUGUACGUACAGGCGAGCAACACAGUAGAGGAAAGGGAAUGGACUCGAGCACUGCGUAAAGUUUGUCAAAGCAACCCAUACAGAGUUAAAAAAUAUCAUCCAGAAGCAUUUGUAUGUGGUAAAUGGCUAUGUUGUAAAGAGCGGGUAGAAAAAGCAUCAGGAUGUUCACCAAUAACAGAAGUACCUCAACCUAAAUGUGUAAAUGUAGCUAUAGAUUGUGAUCGAGAGAUCGAAAGAAUACACUCACUGUUUUUAAUAAACUUGGAAAAGUUGGAUGAAUUACAAGUUGAAUGUGAGAGUCAAAGUGAAAACUGCACUGUCGAAGGAACAACCCAGGAGAUGUGGAAACAGAAGUUGGAAACCAUUAAUGACAUCCGUUCACAUAUCAUCAGCUUAGAACAAGAACACAAACAGCACAGGAAAAUAACACAUAGACUGACCAGACAUGGAAGCAAGAAGUGCCCUUGGGGUCCAACUCAAGAAUCUCCUGAUCCAUUUAGACGUCAUUUGAUCUUACAGUAGUCAAUGUUUGUACUGAAGAAUGUGUGUGUCAGUUCAUAAUGUUUCUGUCAAAAGGGUCACUUCAGGAGUGCAAUCCAUAAAAACUUCCUUCCUUUCUGUAUAAAAUGUAAUCUCACACACUAGACAAAUUCUUCCAAGGAAUUAAGCCAGGAUGCCUUAGGAAAAGAACAAACUAAAGGUUGCUGUUGUUACAUUUUCAAUUUGAAUGAGAUUUCAUUUUUGUUCGACCCUCUACAACAAUAUCACCUGUACUGAUUUUCAUAACAAGGAGCUUAAACUCUUCCUUUACAUUAUUAAUGUAUUUAUUUUUCAGUAAAUAAUUUUAUAUAUUUUUAGUUUAUGAAUUUACUUCCUUCAGACUUACAGCUAACAAAUGUAUUUGUUUUGCAUGUCUUUCUGUUGUGGUUUAGUGGCUUUUUUAAAUGGUACCUGUUUCUUUUAUGAAAUAUUCUAUAAAAAAAAAAGGAAACAAAUUUAAGAGAAAAACUGAUUUCCUUUUCAGUCUUUUGUUAGAGUAGAAAAUAGUCACUGUGUAGAAAUUGUCUUACAGAGUGAAGGGUAUUUUAUGUUUACCUAAGGAAAAACAUUCCACUAAUUAUGGGUUAUUUUGUUUUUCUCUCAAAUCAGUUUAUCCAGUUCAUUUUUUUUUUUAGGAGGGGGGGGGGAAGAGAGGGGGGACAGAUAGCAAACUUUUGAAAAAAAGCUUAAGUGCUUGUCAAUUUAGCACAGGUGUGUGCUUCAAAACAGUAUUUUCACAUUACAAUUCACUACAGAUAAUUGUAUUAUAGCAUUCCAAACAAUAAUUUGAGUCUGAUUUUGAAAGGCAUGUAGAGGAAAAAUUUACCUCAGGUUCAAGUGCAAUACUCUGGUAGUAAAUAAGCACUUGCUCUUUCUCAUUGUAAAACAAAUAUGUACUUCAGGUACCAAAAUUUUUAAUAGGUGCAGUUCUUAAGAUUCCUAGCCAAUCAUAAACUUAAAGUACACAACAACAAAAUUGAUUUUACAUAAAUAGGGCUCGUUUUGGUUAUUGUAUCUUAGAAUCUUUUUUUUUAUAUAGUGAAUGGUUACAGGGGGUGUGCAUGAAAUUGACAUGUUAGUCAAGAGUGGGACUGGUUUAAAACUGAAGACUGUUCUGUAAUCAGUGGAGAUUUGUCAAAGGAAGACAGGAAAUGUGAAGUCUUUCCUGGCAAAACCUUUUAACAUUUUUUUUCCCCUGCAUUUCGUUCAUGAUCAUUAGUGAAGCAUAGUACAAACAAUAUUCAGUUUCCUUUUUUAUAAUAAUUGAUUUUUCCAUUGUCAUUCUGUUUUCAUUCUGUUUUGUGUUUGGUUUUAGAAAUAUUCUUGAAACAAACGCAUUGCAACCCCGCUAUUCCUCAAGUCUAAUGUCUGUGGAACUUAUCAUUCAUUUAAAUCUUUUAACACUUCACAAUUUCAUUUUGAGAUGUUUUUUGAGAGCUGCACUGCAUUCUUUUGUUUUUUUUUAAUGAUUCAAUAUUUAAAAUAUUGAUGUUGCUUUAUUUUUGUAAUAUAUGUAGAUGUUAGAUUUUCCAAGCCAAGUGUAAAAUUAUUCAAAAUUUUAUGCCUGUAGAUGCAAAUUAUUUUUUUUUGAAUUGAGCGGUAUGUUAUUUAUAAAGUUUUGCUGGUAAAACCAGCUUUUGUUUUAUUUAACUAGUUGAUUAUAAGCAGUAAACAUUCCUUAGUCAAUCCAGCCUCUCACCAUGGUAUGGUCCUUACAAAUGGAUUCCUAUUCAUGUGUUCGCAUUUAUGCCAAGGAUCUUGUUAAAGUAAACACAAUGGUGUGACAGACAUGCACUGUCACCCCAGUUUGUCCUAAACCUAUCAGUUUCACAAGUCAGAUCGCAAGGGCGGUGGUCCUAAAAAUGAUCCACCACUUGUUAGUUCUCUGUUGGGAAUAACAGAUGAUGUAUUUCUUGGUAUGUAUGUCUUUUCAUUCUUUCACUUCCACAAAACGUAACUUCUCCCAAAAUUUUCAAAACAUCCAGGGGUUAAGUUUAUUGGAGUAGAAAGACUGUUCUAUGUACCUUCACCAAGGAAAUGUCUAGUAGCUACAGUUUAAUUGGGAGAAUAACUGAUUAGAUCUUGGGAUUGAGAAGUAAAAUGCAAUGGAUUUUUUUUGCAUUUGGAUGAUUAUAACUUUCUGUUAUGAUCUUCAGUGUUUUUUUUUGUUCUGGUUUUGAAUUCAAAAUUCAUUAACGGUACCAGAGAGCAGGGUGUGUGUUUGUAAUUAUUUCCUUUCAAUUGGUUUGUUCUUUUAUUUUUAUGUAGAGUAUGAAAACUUGCUUGUUACAUCUAAGACAAAAACUAAAGACAGUUGCCUUAGACAAUUGAAAAUAAAACAAAUUAAAAUGGA